AAAGUACACUAUCUUUCGGUUCAAAGUUUUUGAUCAAGCUUCAGCAGUAUGUUCAAAAAAGUUACCCAAUCCAUAGCAAAGCAGAUGGAUCCAAAGGGAGAACUGAUUCCAGUUUCUAGUAUCUCGGACCAAGAACAUUUCAGACUGUUCUGCCUAGUUAGAAGAAAAGGAAAAACCAUUUUUAACCGAAAUCCUGGCUACAGGAGAACAGAGUAUAACCUCUAUGAUGUGCUGCUACCUGGAGAAGACAAAACAAGUGCAGAGCCCCUCAUCCCUGCUAAGGAUGUUCAAGAUUCAAGCCAAGUUACACUCACACACCACGUCGAUGGCAAAAUUCAAGGGAAACUUCAAAUUCCUGUUAACUCUGCAAACACAGAAGUAUCUCUAUCUACCUGCUGGUCCAAAGACAGGUCCAUCAAGCUGGAAAAGAAACACAUUCCAGUAGCAAAACUUGAGUCACUGAAAGCAGAAAGAAAAAUCAAUAUGAAACAUUCCUUCAUUCAACAGUUAAAGAAAAAGCAACAGAAUUUGUUUGUGGUUUCUGAAUCGAUACAAGUCUUAGAGGAAACCAAAUGUGAGGAAACCAGCAAGAUAGAAGGGAACUUAAUGGUCCAGCUUUACGCCAAGUUCAUCACAGAGGGCACCGGAGGCUUCAGACAAGGCAUAACUAUAUCCAAAGGCUGCACCAUGGCGUUCAGGACAACACAGCUAUUAAUUGGAGACGGAUCAUGGGAUAUUUGCCAUUUCCCGGAGGAUGAUGAACAAACAUUCAUGUCUGAUGGCAAGCAGUUUUUCUCCAAGUUAUCUGUGGAUCUGCACAAUAUAUUUUUAAAAUCCUUCAAAGCUGUGAUGAGAAACAGGAACCUCUUUCAAGAGCUGGCCCAGAAAAUGGAAGCUGUUCUUUAUGAUACUGGCAAAUGUGAGUUGGAAACAGACAGCCCGGAUUUAAAAGACCUACUGCUCAGUUUACGGGAUUCUCCGAGUCCCCUCCUCCUGGGGCUUGCAGAAGGAAUUAACUACACCCUUUAUGCUCUGGAGGAAUUAACAGAAGAUCAGCUGCUGCUAUUGCUAGAGUCUUUGGAAGAGAAGAUUGUGUCUCAACAGCUUGAGCUGGUCAAGAGCAUCUUGGAACAUGACAUAGAAAACACAGAGAGGUGCUUCAGCGUGGAUGCCAGGCUGCUCUCCUUCUCCCAGGAGCAGGGACAAAAAUUAACCACUGUAAUGUUAGAGAUGAGCGGAGUGAAGAUUCAGAAAAACGGAUGGGCUGAAUGUGAGCAAGAGGCCUUCACAACCCUAGCAGCCCUGUACGCAUCGCUGUACGCGCUACAUCUUCUGAGCGGGUCAGACUAG